AUGCCAAACUCAAACCCCACAGUAUUUAUUGCUUUUCAACAGCCAAUAAAAAAGGCAAUUGUCUGCAAUGACCUGUAUGAUUCAGUAAUAAGAUUUGGUAAAAUUCAAAGAAUUAUUUGUAUGAACUCACCUCGACCUGACAUGCCCCAUUCGUUAAUAGAAUUUGAAUCACCAGAGUCAAGUAAUAAAUGCAUUGAAUAUCUUAAAACUAAUCCCCUCCCAAUUCUUAAUUAUAAAUGUAGAGCAGAAGUAAGUAAUGCAGAAACAUUAAAUGUUAAAACUGAGAGUCCACAAGCACAUGACUAUACGAUUAGUCCUAGAUUUGGGCAUGAAACACCAAUAACAAGAGUAUUACUUGUUAAUGAAUUACCUCGGUAUUUAACCCCACAAUCCCCUUUUCAUUUUUAUAAUCUUUUUUCAUUAUAUGGGUCUAUUAUUAAAGUUAAUGUUCUUAGCGAAAAACGUACUGCAAUGAUUGAAUAUGCCUCUAUUGAAGAUACUAUUAAUGCAUAUCAAAACCUAUCUGAUGUAAAAUUUUUUGAUUCACGACUUAUUGUUAAAUAUAGUAAACAUGAUAGUGUCGCAGCACCUCCUGGGAUUUGGUGUAAACAUUUCCAACCACUAAAACCUUUACUUCCUUCUGUUGCCCCUAGUGUGUUUGUUAAGUUUAUUCAACUUCAUCCUAUUAUUGCAUGCAGCCCAAACACUCCAAUGGCAUUAUGUCAUUACUUUGACCAUUAUUUUGUUCCACGCCCUGUUGAUGUUUUUUUUGAUUCUCCAACGAGUGGAGUUUUUGCAUUUAAAACUACACAAGACGCAGUCAUUUGUGUUUCUGUUCUAAAUCAUAAAAAUGAAAAUGGGAUACCACUCAAAUUAGCUUUUGUUUCUGAGCCACCACAAGUCUCUCCAUCAAAUAUAAAAUAUGGAUAUUCACAAUCACAUCCAAUGAGUCGUAUGUCUACCAAUCAACCAAUCCUUCCUUCACAAUCAACAACCUCAUUUCCACCAAUUCUUCUAUCUCAAAGUGUUCCUUCCCAAACUCUCCAGUCUCAACCCCUUUCAUCUCCAAGUCUUCCUUUUCAGCAGUCACAAUUAACUAACCCAUAUUCUUCCUAUAAAUUAGAACCCCAAAAUAACAAUCAAACAUAUUCAUUAAAUGAGACCCAAACAACAAAACCAAAUAAGCCACUAACACCCUAUUACAAUUAUUCACAGUGA